AUUUUACUUCUCCCAGCUUUUACGACUCUCUAGAUUAGGGCAGCCAUCACCACUACUAAGCCUUGUCCUCUUCCCCCGGCUCACUCUCUAUCCCAGUUUCCCUCCUCGGUUCCCAUCUUCUUCUGUCAUUACUCCCUCUUCCUCUGCUCGCAGUCGCCCAGUAUAAUGUGAAGACGAAGGAGAAGGGAUAAGAAGAGCAGCGUUUCCGUGGCUUGGAACAAGUGCGGCUAUUCUCGUUUCCCCAGGUUGGAAUAGGAUAUACGAGGAUAAAUGGUGGCGCGGUGGUCGGUCGUAGCGGCGCUGGUUUGGGCGGUGGCGCUGGUGGGGUGGUGCUCGGCCGGAGAUCCCUUCGCCUACUACGACUUUGAUGUCUCCUACACCACUGCCUCUCCGCUCGGCGUCGAGCAGAAGGUGAUAGCGAUCAACAAGCAAUUCCCCGGCCCUCUCAUCAAUGUAACCACCAACUGGAAUGUUGUCGUUAAUGUGCUUAAUAGCUUGGAUGAGCCAUUGCUCAUUACCUGGGAUGGGAUUCAGCAGAGAAAGAAUUGUUGGCAAGAUGGGGUCUUGGGAACGAAUUGCCCCAUCCCGCCGGGAUGGAACUGGACCUACCAGUUCCAGGUAAAGGACCAGAUCGGGAGCUUCUUCUACUUCCCCUCCCUCAACCUACAGCGGGCGGCUGGAGGCUACGGUGGGUUCACUGUGAACAACCGGGUUGUUAUUCCUGUGCCCUUUGGGCAGCCUGACGGGGACAUCACCCUCUUCAUUGGGGACUGGUACAACAAGAACCACACGGCCUUGAGGAAGGCACUUGAUGAUGGCAAGGACCUUGGCAUGCCCGAUGGUGUUCUGAUGAACGGGAAAGGGCCGUAUCGGUACAAUACUACACUUGUUCCAGUUGGCAUAGACUAUGAGACCAUCAAUGUUGAACCAGGCAAAACGUAUCGUUUCCGUGUCCACAAUGUCGGCAUCUCUACGAGCUUGAACUUAAGAAUCCAAAAUCACAACUUGCUUCUUGUAGAGACAGAAGGAACUUACACGAUGCAACAGAAUUAUACCAACUUAGAUAUCCAUGUGGGACAAUCAUACUCAUUCCUGGUUACGAUGGAUCAGAAUGCAAGCAGCGACUACUACAUCGUGGCAAGUCCUAGAUUUGUAAAUGAGUCACUUUGGACCAGAGUUACGGGUGUUGCCAUUUUGCACUAUUCAAAUUCCAAAGGCAAAGCAUCUGGCCCUCUUCCAGAUGGUCCUAAUGAUUUCUACGAUAAAACCUGGUCAAUGAAUCAGGCACAGUCUAUCAGGACAAAUGUUACUUCUGGUGCUGCACGCCCCAACCCUCAGGGAUCUUUUAGAUAUGGUUCAAUCAAUGUGACCCAGGUGUAUGUGUUAAAAAACAAGCCACCUGUGGUCAUUAAUGGAAAACGUCGAGCUACGCUCAACGGAAUCUCGUAUUCUCCCCCUGCCACACCAUUGAGGCUUGCUGAUGAUUAUGAUAAGAAGGGAAUUUAUACACUUGAUUUCCCUACUAGGCCACUUGAUGGGCCACCUCGAAUUGGAGCAUCUGUAAUCAAUGGUACAUACAGGGGCUUCAUGGAAAUUAUAUUUCAGAACAAUGAUACUAUAGUUCAGACCUACCAUAUGGACGGAUAUGCAUUUUUUGUAGCUGGAAUGGCUUAUGGGGAGUGGACUGAGGAUAGCAGAAGUCAGUAUAAUAAGUGGGAUGGUGUCUCUCGCUGUACCACACAGGUUUUCCCAGGAGCAUGGACUGCUGUCUUGGUCUCACUGGAUAAUGUGGGCUUUUGGAAUGUGCGUGCCGAAAAUCUUGAUACGUGGUACCUUGGGCAGGAAGUGUACAUAAAGGUUGUCAACCCUGAAAGUAAUGACAAGACUGAGUCGCCUAAACCUGAUAAUGCUCUCUAUUGUGGUGUCCUUGAAAAUUUGCAGAAGCCUCAGAAACCUCAUGGCUCAAGUGAAGCUUCAUCUUCUUCAAUUCUAGGUGUUGGAAGCAAGCUGCUCACCUUGAUGCUACUCCUGGCUUCAAUUGCCAUUUUUGCAUGAUUAUUUCAGUAGAAAACAUUAUGAUUGUUCAGGUGCUCUUUUCUCCCCUUUGAGGAACAGGACAUGAUUUAAAGCCUUGAGUGUAGGAUUUUAGGUGUGCAGAUAUUUUCUUGUCAAUAUGAAUUUUCUAGUGUUCGUGACAUGCUUUCGGGAUGCAUCUCAUUUUGUUGUCUUCAUACUCUUCAGCUUUGACCAUUCAUUCAAUCUAAAAAUUGUGUACUGAUCAUUUAUGAAAUCCAACUUAUCUGAAAGCGUGCAAAA